AUGGCCAAAUGCGUUGUGAGGUUGGUGCCUAAGGGCCAACGCCCAGUUAAUAUCAAGAUAAGGUGCAUUUACAUUUUUGUGCCGGAGAAGUCAUUUUCUCACGGCUGCCCGCCAACGCAGGCUAUAAGGAAGCAUGGGAAUGGAGAGAUACCAUACUUCAAUCCCAGGGCAGAACACUCAAAGUCAAGAGAGCCGCCUUCCUGCGAUGAUGAUUUGGAAGGAAAAUUGCGGCAUAAUAAACCAGUUGUUCACAACCACAUUGAAAUCAGCAACUUAUCUAUCUCAAGUGUCCGAAAAAGAUUGUCACUUCAUAAGAUUACUCCAUGUCAAGGUAUUCACACACUGGGGGAUAAAAUUAUAGGACUGGAAGUUCACUCUACAUAA